AUGGAGGAAAAAACUAAACUUUUAUUACUUUCUUUACUCUUUCUACUUGCAGUUCACGGCGGCGCCGGAGGUUAUGUUGGUGGUGGAAGAACCACCAGAAACGGGUGGUCAAACUCAAACACAUCGACUCUCAACAAUGCUUACAUUGCCCUCCAAGCAUGGAAGUCAGCCAUCAAAGAUGACCCUAAAGGAAUCUUGAACUCAUGGGUCGGGUCAAAUGUGUGUGAUUACAAAGGAGUUUUCUGUCAAGAUUCAUCAGUUACAGGGAUAGACCUUAACCAUGGUGGGCUCGAGGGUAUUCUCGUAAAAGAACUUUCCCUCCUCAAAGACAUCACUCUCCUCCACCUCAACAGUAAUAGCUUCACAGGCACAAUCCCAGAUAGCUUAAAAGACCUUUUUGCCCUCACUGAACUUGACCUCAGCAAUAACCAAUUCUCCGGACCUUUCCCUACGAUAAUCCUCCAAAUCCCAAAUCUGGUGUAUCUAGACCUCAGAUUCAAUCUUUUUUCAGGACCCAUUCCAGACCUUGUAUUCACCAAGAAUCUUGACGCAAUUCUACUCAACAACAACAAUUUCGAAGGUCAAAUCCCACAAAGUCUAGGCAAUUCCCCUGCUUCGGUAAUCAAUUUAGCCAAUAACAAGUUGACAGGUGACAUUCCGAUUAGCUUCGGGUAUUCUAGUUCAGGAUUGAAAGAAAUCCUGUUCUUGAACAACCAAUUGAGCGGUUGUAUCCCUCAAGGAAUCGGAAUGUGGUCAGAUUUACAAGUUUUUGAUGCGAGUUUCAAUUCAUUGAUGGGUCAUAUCCCUGAUUCGAUUUCUUGUUUGGAAGAUAUUGAAGUGUUGAAUGUUGCACACAAUGAGUUGUCGGGUGAGUUGCCGGAUCUGGUUUGUGGGUUGAAAUCGUUGAUGAAUUUGAGUGUUGCUUAUAAUUUCUUUUCUGGGUUUAGUCAAGAAUGUGGGAAAUUGUAUGGUAGGAAUGUGGGAUUCGAUUUUGCAUUGAAUUGUAUUCCAGGGAGGGAGAUGCAGAGGCCUGAGCCAGAGUGUGAUAUGAUCCCCGGUGGUAGUUUGAGUUGUCUUAGAAUCCCAUCUAUGAAGUCUUUUUCUUGUGGGGCAUCGUUUAGAUCUUCGAAUUCGCCAAUCCCAUGA